AUGACAGGUAUUUUAACAGACGGCUGGGAACGUUCCGAAACAACCAAUGGAGUUCCAUAUUAUAUAGAGUAUGUACAACGAGUAAAAUUAAUAUAAGCCAAAAAUAUGACCAUGUUGUUUAUAAAGCUUGGUUGCAUUGAGGGUUUAUGUGUUUUGGCAGCCACUAUAAGUAAGCUUACCUAUUUUGCAGUGAAGUAUGAGAAACGAAGACUAAGUUGUCACUGGUCUAUGUGGCAGUAUAAAGAUUUCGUUAUCCUAUAACUUGUCCUUCGCAGUUUUUUAGUGGUAAUAUUAAUAGCAAUUUUUCCGUUUUAACGCUACAUAUGUUUAAGUCGUCUGUUAAGUGCAUCUGAACGACGCACUUAACAGAAGAUUUUAAUGUUGUGAGACGUUGAAUGGGUCUGUCUUAUUUACAGUUUUUAUACCAGAAGUUAAAGGCGUCUUAAACAACUUUAACGUCUCCAGCAUAAAACAGCGAUUUACAUGGAGUAUUUAAAGUGAUAGUAAAAGUGGUUAUUUAACAGUUAAUGAAUGAGGCUGAGUAUCUUAUGAAGAAUUAUGGAGAUUGAGGAGGGUGUUAUCCGUCGAGGCCGUAGGCCAAGGCAGAUAACACCCUCCGAGAUCUCCAUAAUUCUUCAUAUGAUACGAAAGCCGAAUUCAAUAACUGUUUUAUUAUUCAUUCAAAAUAAUUCCUAGUUUAAAAACAUAGCUAAAACAUGCUUACCUCCAUCGAUCCAUCGAUGUUCAGUUCAUCUUCGAUAGUGUACGUUUAGGUUUGUCCAGCUCCGCAAAUAUUCUCCAAAUAGCAGAUGUCGCCCUUCGAGUUGUCUUCUUGCUGUUCUUGCCAUGUUUUUAGCUAUUUUUUCGACUAGUUCUUACUCUUGAAACGAGUGAAAUGUCGGCCAUUUUUUCAAGUUCACAACCAAAACAACUCAACCUCGUCCCCAGGUCUUCUCGGUUAACGGUGCCUUAACCUGCAAAAACGCUGCAUUUUUGACGUCAUUUCCUCGUUAAAGUUAAAAUUCUUCCAAAUUUGGUCAUCAGUACCUGGUUAUGGUGAAUUAAACGUGUGCUUUUAGCCAAUCAGAAUCGGGGAAAUAUUUUGAAUGAAUAAUAAUAAAAUUUAACUGUUGAACGCACUAUUAUCAUUGAACUAUUUAUUGCACCUGUCAGGGCUGGGGGAAUUGAAAGCGUAAACCCAGUGGGUGUGUGAUAAUAUUUCAGAGCUCAAGCCACUUUAAGUUUCCCCUUCCCUGAGAACAAAUGUGUAUCAAAUUACAUUUUACUGUUCCAAGAGUGUAUUGACAGAUCACUGAUCUGAUGCACAUGAAGUACAGUCUAAAAUUCAUGUUAUCAUGAUCGUAGCCUGCGAGCAAGCUCUCUGGGGCACUGUGACGGCAGGGCGGGAAGAGGAAAGAGAGCUUGGAACUACAUCUCUGGAAUUUGAAUAUCUGCAUCGAAAAAGUUGAUGCGAAAUGCUGAUUGUUGGAGAUGACAUUAGUAAUGAUGUCAUCACCCUUAAUUGGCAUCUGUUUUUCAAUGUUUGUUUACAUUCGCGCUUGUUUCCGCUUGGCACUGAUUGGUGGAAAUCUGACAGCUCAGUUGAUGGGGAGCCACGGGAGAAUUGAAGGUAGAAGUCAAGUUGUAAGCUCUCCUUCCUUUUCCUGCUCUGCCGCCAGUGCACCUGGAGAGCUCGCUCUCAGGCUAUUGUUAUUGUGUCUAGGGGGACUGGAAGCAAAUUUGAAGGUAAUCUCAGUAAACUAGAAAAUUAUAAUACACUGUGAAUAUAUUUGUAAUAAGCUGUACCUAAUGAAUAAUCUCACUAUUUUCUUGCUACAGCCAUGAAACAGAAAGAACUCACUGGGAUCACCCAGACAUGAUCAGUUUAUUGGAAGAAAUAGGUAUUAAUUUUGAUCCAGGCUGAAAGUUCCCUUGUAUAUUAUCUCCUGUUACAUUAGCUUAGUACGUUUGUACUCUAAGCAGAUCCUGGCUUCCGGAUAAGUUUGAUAACAUACCGUAAAAUUCCGAAAAUAGGCCCCUCCAUGUAUAAGCCCCUCCAAAUAUAAGCCCCCCAAAUUUGUAAUGCAAAAAACCCUUCAUUUAAUCCCCCCUCUGAAUAUAACCUCCUGGGGGCUUGUACUUGGGAAAUUGCCCCUAAUAUUAAGUAAAACAAAGCAAAAACAGUAAAUUUCCUUCCAACUAGAAGCUAGCCCAAUCAAUUUUGAAAUGCAAAUUUCCCUCCGUACAUAAGCCCCUCUGAAUAUAAGCUCCUCCAAAAAUAAGCCCCUCAAAAAGGGUCUUUGAAAAAUAUAAGCCCCGAGGCUUAUUUUCGGAGUUUUACGGUAGCUUCAUGUAUAAUAAAUGAUUUUUUUCUAAUUUAUCUGUAGAGAGUUUAAAUAAUAUCAAGUAUGCUGCUUACCGCACAGCCAUGAAACUGAGAGCCAUCCAAAAGAAAACACAAUGUAAGUGAUUAAAUAAUAUGACAAAAUUUUAAAUCAUUGGAAAAGAAAAGGACAUAAUUUUGUAAGAUAAGGAAACUAGACAGUUUAAUUUAAAGCACAAUGAGUGACAUGCGGUUUUCUAAUACGACUGGUAUUCUGCAAAAAAAAAAAAAAAAAAGAUUGUUGAAGUAGAGCAAGAGCUGACCCCUCUAAAAAAAAAGUUUGGAUCCCCAAGUUUCUCACUAAAUCUCUGUCAUCAUUAAUUUAUUCACUGAUUUCAGAGGAAUCUUUCUUUUAUUAGUAAUUGCUACAGAAUGAUGAAUUUAAUUGUUAAAUUACUAGUCCAUUCUUCUUCAGUUUUAUUUUUUAAUUUACCUACACUAUGUAAAAGUUGAGAUGACUUAAUCAAUUCUCUAAUUUUUUUUAUUAUUGUUCUAUAUUUUGAUUAGUAUACAUGGUUGGUCUACAUGCCAUCAAAUCAACCUUUGAUGGCAAUGGCAUCAAAGACGGCUUUGUUGACGGAAACCUGUCUGUAGAAGAAUUGAUGACAAUAAUUACUGCAGUCUUUGAAAACCAGUCUGGGGUUCGUGGCACUAAUCGCAUUGAUGUAUCUCUUGCAAGUGAACUGGUUUUGAACUGGAUUCUUAAUGUCUAUGAUCCGUGAGUACAAUAUGAAUUUAAUGUCAGCAUGCAAAAACAGCCAUCCUUAUUGUUUACCUCUAUAAGGGAUGUUUUGUUUCUCUUUCACAAAACAUCAUGAGGGAGUGAGUAAUGAGAAGCAGUUAUAUUUGCAGGCUAAUAAAUUAAAGUAUACUAUUACUAAUAUACCAUAAAAUUCCGAAAAUAAGCCCCUGGGCUUAUAUUUCUCAAAGGCCCUUUUUGAGGGGCUUAUUUUUGGAGGGGCUUAUCUACAGAUGGAAAUUUGCGUUUCACACCCGAUUGGGUUAGCCUCAUAGUUGGAAGUAAAUUUACCGUUUUUGCUUUGUUUUACUUUGUAUUUGAGAGCAAUUUUCCAAGUACAAGCUCCAGGGGGCUUAUUUUUGGAGGGGCUUAUACAUGGAGGGGCUUAUUUUCGGAAUUUUACGGUAGUAUCACUUUUCACGUUAUAAACUAAUUUUUUAACAUCUUUUCACCUUUCUACCUACCUCUCUCUUUUAUAGUUGUUAAGUUGUUUUUUGUCUAAGCCACUUUAUACAGUUCAGUCUUCCUUCUUGUAUGACUAAAGCAGGUGUUCUCUGCCCCUAAACAAAUUAUUGAGAUGCUGUGCACAGCAUAGCAUAUCAGAGAUAUUCUCUCCUUAACUCCCCAAACAGUUGACCCUCUCAAGGGGGUGGGGCAAAGGGAAGACUGACAUAUCAGACUUCAAAGGAACAAAAGCUUUCCUAAAAUCAGAAAGAUCUGUACAUUAUCUUUAUUAAUUUUAUCUCCAUAGCCUCGUUUCUCUGUCAGUGAAUGUUCUUCCUUCUUUAAUUUGCAAAUGACUGACAAAUAUAGUAAAUGACCUAACAAUGGAUAAUGUUGUCCAAGACUCUCACUAAGGGUUGGGAGCUGGGGAUUUUCCCCAGCUAACUAUUAACCAAAUGAAUAUCCUUGCUGGUCAAUUUUCUGCCUUUAUACAUGUAUUGCAUUGAAGCAGCAACUUGAAAUCUUAGUGUCAGCCAUGAUACUGGGCAUCUUUAAAUAAUAUUUAUUAUUUUUUUCUUUAUUUGUGACAACAGGGGAAGACUGGGUUAUGUGCCAAUUCUUUCAUUUAAAAUUGGUCUUGUUGUGAUGUGUUCUGAGAAAGUGCAGGAGAAGUACAGAUGUAAGUUUCUUUUCAUCAAAGUGCAUGUAAGAUUGAUAUAGUUUGUUGCCUGUAACAGUGCAUGUUUGUGCUGAUCAUAUUUAUCAUUUUUUUUUUCUUUUUUUGGUUUAAAGACUUGUUCUUACAACUUUGUAACAAUCAAGGAUUUUUGGAUAGCAAAAGGCUUAAAUUGUUCCUGCAACAGAUGAUUCUGGUAAGAAAUAAAGAAUUACAUACAAAGUCAAACUUGACACACCUAUAUACUAAGUUCUCACUUAAAUUCCUGGUAGAUUCCAAAGUAUAUCUACGAGAGUGCAGCCUUCAGUGGAUCUAGUGUUGAGCCAGCUGUGCGAAACUGUUUUGAAAGGGUAAGUUUAUAACUGUGGUGAUAUACAUGAAGCCCUUAGUAGUACGUACCCUUUAUUAAGACCACAAUUGAGGGUCACCAAAUGUAUCUGCUGAUUUUUUAUUUUCAUGCAAGCAGUAAGACAAACCUGAUUGAAGGGUUUCUUUUCUCACAAAAUGCUGGAAACUUUUCUUUCCUUGCAUGAAAUCACAUGCACAAAAACCUUUACCUAAAUGCAUCUAAAGACUUAAAGACAUUUUUUUGCAGACUGGCAGUACAAUUUAUUUUAUUUGUAUUUAUGCUGUCUGUUAGUAACAUUUUUGUGAUAACUUUGCCUUAAUCCAGGUGUCAAUUCCAGAAAUAGUGUCCAUUGAGGAGUUUAUUGAAUGGAUGAUUGCUGAACCUCAAACGAUUGUAUGGCUUCCUACGCUUCAUAGAUUAGCUGUGUCAGAAACAGGUUCCCAUUUCCUAUUUGUUUGUAAUACUUUUUAUCCUCUCACUUCAAUUUACACAUAAACAUUGCAUUAUGCCAUGCUGAUAAGCUUAAGUUUGCAAAGCCAUACAAACUUUGGGAUGUAUAUGUGUUGACAGCUUCUGCCCAUAUGAGAUCUUUGGUAAACAGAUAAUUAAUUUUUGUAGGCAGUCCCAGAGUACGGUGGCCCAGAAGGGUCACACAUGCAAAUGAAAAAUGUUGCUGCAAACUAAAAAUUUUACCUGCAAAUUAAAAAUAGGACAUGCAAAUUAAAAAUUGUACAUGCAAACUAAAAAUAUUACAAACAUGAAACAUGAAUGGGCUGACGACUGUAAGGCCAGGUCGCACGGCUCGGACCAGGUCCUCGUCACUCAUACUGCGUGUGCAGGACUUUUCAUUUUUAAUUUGCAGCACAAUUUUUAGUUUCCAUGUACAUUAUUUAAUUUGCAGGUAAUAUUUUUAGUUUGCAUGUACAAUUUUUAAUUUGCAUGUACUAUUUUUAAUUUGCAGCAACAUUUCUAAUUUGCAUGUGGGACCCUUCUGUGCCAUGGAAGAAUACAUUGUAACCUUAACCUAUCUCUAAAAACACAACUUUGUGCCAAUAAAGAAGUUCCAGGGGCGGGGAAUACUAAACAACAGGAGGCAUAUGAUGUAGAUUUCAGAAUGUGUCUUGUUCAAACUCGCUUGUUAGCAGUGGCAUGUAACAGAGAUGUUGUUUCCUUUCAGUUAAACACGAGGCCAAAUGUAAUGUUUGCAAGAUGUACCCUAUUGUUGGCUUCAGGUGAGAUGGAGUGACCUUACUUUUACUGUAUGUGUUCAUGAAACUCUGUCUAUGUUUAUGAAAAACUAAUGUACAAUGUUUGUUCAAAUCCACCACCAGAUAUCGAUGCUUGAAGUGCUUCAACUUUGAUCUUUGUCAGGUGAGAGAAUGCUCUUAAAAAAUGGGAAAUAAUUGGAGACAUGUUUGUCUCUUUAUGUUAGAUAACAAUUUACAGUAAUUCUUGUUUGUUUAAGUUUGAAAGUUUAUGUCAUGUUUAUUGGCUAGAACAAUGAAGACAAAUCCAAAGUGAUUAGCCCAUCACAACAGCCACAGACAAAAUGAACCAAUCAAAACUAGAAGAAUAACACAUACUGUCCAUUGAUGCUAAGCGUGGGAAAACACUUGCGACCAGGUCUUUGGCUUACUCCUAAUUGGCCAAGAAAAUGGCAAAAGACUUUUAAGCCAAUCAGAAACUCUGAUGAUGCACAAAACCUAAUCAUGAUAAUAUGGUACUUUUGACACUUAUUGAAGUCCUCCUUCAGAUUUUUUGCAAACCAACUGCCUUUGAACUUUCUAAUAUGUUUGUUCUUUGUUUAUUUUACAGGGAUGUUUCUGGUUGGGUCGUGUAAAUAAGCAACACAAGAUUGGACACCCCACUCAAGAAUACUGUCUAGUGGUACGAUCUUAUGAUGCUAUAUGAUUCUCCCCUUCCCCCGUGCUGCUUCCCCCCAGUUCAAACAUGAGCUUCAAUUUUUACAAAUGUAAAUGGGUGUUUCGAUGAUCCAGGCACUGACGCAGGAUGAAAAAAACUAAGCAUUUUAAUUUUUUUGGAGGUUGGUUGGCCGCAUCUUGGAUAUGCUUUAAGGUAACAGCGCGAUUCUGUUAGUGAGUUCUUGUGUGCUAGUCAUUACUUGGCUGUGUAGCCGCGUGAUGCGGUUCCAGUCGAGACCCACAAAUUGGCCCUUGCUCACCAUAGAGUCUCCAGUAGCUCAAGUGGUUAGAGCAUCUGACUAGAUCACGGAGGGUCGUGGGUUCAAAUCCCAUCUGGGACUCGGAUUUUUUUUCCGAGUCCUCCUCAAAAUUAAUAUCAUGUUGUUGUUGUUUCAUCUUUAAUAUACAUUUUAAUUUUGUUUAAAUUUCAAACAGUCAACGCAAAAGGAAGAUAUCAAAGAUUUUGCCAAAGUGAUGCGGAACAAAGUGAGUAAGAAGAAGAAAAAGGCUCCACAACAUCCCUCAAAAGGAAGGUUUAUUCCAAUUGAAAUGGAGGAAGCUCCACCAUCCGAGGAAGAGGAUGAGUAAGUUUCAAGUUUGUGAUUGGGUCAAAGAACCCUCACGCCACUUUCUCAACCGAUCAAAGUGAAGUCAAUUGAGACUUGCUUUCAUGCAUUUUCCCAGUUUUCGGUGUUGGUAACAAAGUGCAUGUUAUUGCCUCGAGAUCUGAUUGGUUUAUUUGAAUUUCUCUGCGUUUCUUGAUCGGUUAGUACAUGUGGGAUGUAAGAGUGGUACUUUGAUUUUGAUUUCACGGCAGUUUUAAACUGACUGAGGUGGCUUAUCAAGUUAAUGUUUGACCAAGAAUUGAAGUUGUAAGGUCAUGGCAUUAUCUUAAUUACCAGUCAGUCUAUUUAGGGGAUAGGCAUCAGGGACUUUGUCGCUUAAAUGAAAGAAAUAAAUGUGAUGUUUAAAUUGCAGGGAUUCCAUAGAUGCCGGUACUCCAAGGAAAGGUCUCCCUGAAACACGCAAAAAACCGGAAGGACACACAGCAAGGUGUGCAUUACUUUGUUUACCUAAAGUUUUAAUAAUUAUUGUUAUGCUAGUUUCAGUCUUAGUGCCUGCUUACAUGGAGGUAGGGGACCCUAGAUAGGUGAGGUAUCAUGUGGCGGGUCACCCCACCUAUCAUGUAAACGUGAUCAAAUUAAAAUGAGAGAUUAUAUGGACAGGUGGGUUACCCCACCUGAGCAGGUUACCUCACCUACCUGGGGUCCCCCACUUCCAUGUAAACAGGCCCUAAGUGCCAUUCUUCUUCUUGCACAUGGAAGAAGAAACAGUAUAAAUGACAUUUUCUCUUGUGGUUCCCGAAGACCUUAAUACACAGUGCGCCCCAUUGAUUUAAAGUGAUAUUUGGUAGGCCUGUUUAUAUCUUCUUCCAAGUUCAAGUUCAUGUGUUUUCAGACUGCCACAAAAUGAGUUAAGAGAAGAAGAUGAAGAACCAACAUAUGCGCAGCCAGUUAGAACAAGACCUGUCAAGUAAGAAUGUCAUGAAUUGUACUCUUGCUGAUUGCAAUAUCUGGAAUAGUACAAAUGCCGUUCCUCUAAUACCUUCCAGUUUUAGUUGUUUGUCUCACCCCCCCCCCACCCCCUCCCAGCAGUGCCUGCAGUAGGGUGAGGUGAGAGGCAGCUGUGUUCCUAAGCUAAUAAUCAAUCCACUGAAAAUGUUUUUAGAUAGAGGGUAGCUAUUUUGUUUUCUUGCAUUAACUAAGUUUCACUGCAGCUUUUUUCAAUCUUACACCUGUCAACUAUCAGCAGCAAGUUAUGACGUAUAUGACCAAGCAAAUUGGUUGGAGUUUGAAUUUGAAUGACCCAGUGCGAAUUAGCACGCAAUGAGCUGAAAACUGUAAAAGUAAAUUACUGUGACCAGCAUGUUUUGAGGUGUACAGUAUUGAUACGAGAGAAUUAAACUGUCAUUUCGCUCUUAAUGAACAUCUGCCUAAGACAGACAUCUUUUUAGAGUUGGUUCUUGAGUCCUUUUUCUGCCUUUUUUUCUCUCUCCAACACAGAUCCUUCUUUGUUGUAAAGCUAUUUGUAUGGUCCAUUGACUGACAUUCCUUAUUGCCAUUAACGUUUAUUCGUGUUUUUUUUUUCUUUUUAACUACCGACAGGAAUGAUGAACACCGUCUUAUAAGGCAUUAUGCUAAGAGGUAAUUUGCUACUUCAUCUUUAGAUAUACAUGGAAAGGGUCCGGAAAGGCUGAUCAAUGAAUGUUGAGUGAUUAAGAAAAUAAUAGUUAAAAAAAGUAGAAAAGUCCGGGUUAAAGCCAUUAAAGAUGAUUAAUCAUUCAGCUUUAGACAAAUCCGUGAAGCGUCGCACACCUGUAACCCCAACUUCAUAAACACCUGUAUGCCCGAGAAAGAACUUCAUAAACAGGGUUCCCUAACUGAGUUGCCUGCCGGGGAGAAAGCUUACAAGCUCACUGAACAGUGAGAGAAUCCUGCAGACGGGGAGGAGUGUAAAUUUUGGAUUUUGGUCUCGCUUAGGGUGUUCCGGGCAAAGCGUCAAUAUUUUGCCGCCAAGGUCUCGUUUAGGGUUCUGCGAAGAACUUGAGAUUUAUGACAAGCUUUUAAAAAACUACAAUGCCGGGGUCUUUAUAUCAUUAAAAUUCAUGUCGUAUAUGGUCUCUUUUAGGGGUCAAAAUUUGCUUAAGCCACACCCAGAUGGUCUCUUUAGGGGCUGAACAUCCCGUCCAUCCGUCUUACCCGGGAGGAUUCACUGCAAAGCGGGAGGUGGCGGGUUCGAUAACCACGGCUGGAACAAUACUCAGGGUCUUAAAAUAACUGAGAAAUGAAGGUACUGCUGUCUGCGCCCCACAAACGGGUAGACCUUAGUUUUGCUCGGAUGACCACGUAAAAUGGCGGUCCCCGGUCUUAAGUAGGAGACGACAUGGUGUCCUCACUUAGUACUUUCUUGCUAAGCACAUUGACUCUCAAAUAAAGUACGUAUUAAGUGCGUUUCUAAUCUUGUAAGGAAAGUAAUGUUUACUUUGUUAUUUUUUUCAGCUUGACUGGUCAACCAGAUUCAACGGUAAAUGAGGUUACUUUCUCGUGUGCGACGAGAAGCUUCGUCGGCCGACACGUCUUUGGCCAAGGGCCGAAGACACGAGCGGCGAAGCCUCGAGUUUUGUUAUUGGUUAAUUUGAGUUUGCUGGUGGAACUGGGUCAUGGUCUUUUUCGUUUCGAAUUGCUUUAUGGGAAUGUUUUGGGGACGCUAUGUCAUUUCAUUGGCUAUUACGACGUUACGCACCAGGAAACUGGGUACAAAUUUCGUCCCCCAAAAAUUCCCUUGGAGGUAUACGACACAACACCACUCAGUACUCAUGCGCAACCACGAAAUGAAGAAUGUUGGUCACCAUAAAUAAAUUCAAAAGCUGAUGCUUAGCGCUAGUCUCCUUCGCAGCCGGUUUUAGGGUCGUCGUGCAGUCAGAGCGUUGCGUGGUAACGCUAAAAACGGCUGUGAAGGAGACUAGCUUAGCGCUUGAAUACUUUUGUUUGCAGCCAUUUGCCCAUAUUAUAAGCGUUUCACGAAAUUCAGAAGCGAAAUGAUCUCAUAUUCAGAAUUCGCUUUGCUAUUUUUGUGCAUGAAUUAGCAGUUUAUUUAAAUGGUCAAACAGCAUUUCAGGGUUGUUCAACAAAUUUAAAAAUUGAACCAUAAUUAUUUCAUAAGGGAGAUUUAGUACUAGUGAAGGCGCUCAUCUUAAAAUAGCGCUUCCAGCAACUAAAAAUGUCAUCGUUGUUUAUUUAUUGGUUUUGUUUUGCCAUGGCGAGCCGCCCUCAGACGUAGUCCGUACGUAUCUUAGCUUGGUACCCAUGUGCUCAGACACUUUUUUAAAAAAAAGUCUUCUGUAUAUCUUGUUUUUAGUCUCCUGAUGUCUCUCAGAUGGCGAGAGACUUGGACAGCCAGGAGAAGCAGGAUCUGGAAGAUCUGAUCGCCAGAUUGGAAGAUGACAACAGGUAUUUUAGACUUUAUUAAUUAAACGGAAUUGGCUCAUUUGAGACAUUAUAGAAUUGGAAUAAGUAGGGAAACCGGUGGGAUUGGAGAAAACAAAGAUUAAUGAUGGUUGAUAGGCGUGUUUUUCUGCAAUUUUAUUUUUAUAUCAUGUAAAACUAAGUUAAAGGUGCCAUUUAGCCUUGGAAUUGAAAAGCAUUCAACGUCUUUUCGAUUGUUUUUUGUUUUGUUUGUUUUUUGUUUUUGUUUUUUUUUUACAGAGCAUUGCAGGGCGAGAUUAACACUAUUCACCAGUUACAGCGCCACAAUGAAAGCGAACAGAGUAUCGUGCCUGCUGUUCAAGAGCCCGUCAAAGAGGCCUUCUUACGUCAUCAGAGGGAACGAUUAGAGGCACGUGAGGAGGUCCUCGAGGAGCAUAAUUAUCAGCUGCAAGUUCAGCUCCAUCGUUUGAGGAUCCUUCUACAGCAGGUACAGACACAGAUUGAACUGCGACGCUCGCAACAUUGGGUUUAAGUUAUUUUGUCAAUGAAGAAUAAAGACUUACUGUACAUGUAUAUAGGAAAGGGCUCUGAGAGACAACUUGUUAGCAUGAAGAGCAAUAGUCGAGGUCUAGUUGUAUUCUCGUGGCAGUUAUUGCAGUCUCAUUUCUUUCAAAAUAGGGGAACUCGCGUUAUUGUCAAAACGAAAACGAGGGUAAUUGCUCUCGCCAAUCGCAUCAAACUUAAACAAUUUGAUCAGUCAAUCAGAAUGUGUGAGGCAUGAAAUGGGCGCCAAGCGCGGGAAAAUGCUCAAGCAAGUCACGACCAGUUUUCAUCUAGCUUCUGAUUGGUUGAGAAAGUGGCAUGAGUUUUGUCAGCUCACUCGCAAAGCGUAGUAGUACAUGACGAAAGCAGUCACAUGAUUUAUUUCUGGUGCUUAGUUCAGUAAAAAAAACUCUCCACUAGAGUGUAAAGAAUGGUCGGUUUUUCUGAGAGAAUGUAGGAGAUUUUGUGGGUUUUGCUAGUCUCCUUCGCAUCCGCUCGGGCUGGAGAGAUAAACUACAAAUUGUAAAUUUAAUGCCGUGAUUAUUGCUGUUAGCUAGAACGGUUAAUAAUUUAAAGCUCUUAACGAUUUGUUAAUACUGUUCGGACUCUUAGAAAUGGAAGCAAAAAAGGUUCAAGUUCCAAAAUUUAAAUUUACGUAAACAAAAUCAACUGCACGUAACCUUCAUAACGACCGCUUAACUAAACAGAUAUGUAAAUUGGACCAUCUCAGUGAACUUAAAAAAAAAAACUAAACCGUUAAACUUGUAACUGUUAUAAUGAAUUCGCGAAAGAAGUUCGAGAGAAAGACAUGAUAUCGGGCGAAGGAGGUGAGAGGCUAACCUCGGAACUCUUGUGAGUUCAGUAUUCGUUGGGAUCUGCUUUUCCGGUCCGGUCACCUAGAGGAACUCCCCACCCGGGUGUGGUUCCCCUUGGGAAUUUUCUUUCUCCCCGCACCUUGUCAGAUCUUCCCCUCGCGAUUUCCCUUUUGCUUUGUGGUCAUUCUUUAGAAACUUCCUCCCCGUGUAAUUUGCCUUUGGAACUCAUUUCCCCUGCUGCCUCCUUCCCCUGUAUAUUCCUACUCAAGCUUUUUCCUGAGGAUCUCCCUACUUCGUAACACCAUGCUUCGCUCUCGAAUUCUCUCGCAUUUUUUCCUCUCCGCCUUUUAAGCAGCUGCCUAAAUGAUGAAUUUGAUAAUUUCCAUUAAAUUACUUUAACUUUUGGUUGUAAAGUUCUUAAAUCAUUAAAAUCUAAACUCCCUUAAAACUCGUGGUGUGGCUUCAUUUGUUUACCUUAGGACGAGCGCACCCUCGCUAGUCUUAUCGAAGAAGAAGAGAAAAUGAAAGCAGUGUACGCGCGUGACCGCAGAGCAAAGUUACUUUUAGACGCUGAAACCAAAUCACCUACGGUACUGCACAUUUCUUUUUUGUCUUCUUUUUGUUUUAUUUCUAUUUUACACCUUGCCUUUCCACUUUUAUGCAGUUAUUCAACAGCCAUGGUUUUUAUUAGACGUUAGGCUCAGGUUAAGCUUCGUUUUGAUACAAUUUCCUACUUUUCAGAUGCAUGCCAUGUUGGUCUUAUGCUAAAAAAUAGUUGUUCAUGUCCACCACAGCCUCGCAAUUAUUAAAAAGAGAGUUAUAGUUAAGAGUUAUCAGUAGGGUAUAAGGCAAUUCCUAGGCAAAAGAAAAAUCUAUAGGGUACGAGCGAUCUUUGGGGUUUAUUAGUCAACUUCAUAGCCGUCCUUAAUGUUUAUUCAUUGUUUUAAUACUGGUGAGAUUUAGAUGUUCUUGAACCGUAUUGCUUAUUAACGCUUUCUUUUGUUAUUAAUUAUUUAAGGAGGAAUUCAGAAGUGUAAAAAUAAGUUAUAUUUUAUUUAUAUAUAACUGCGAUCGUAUUCAGUGUAUUCAGUUAAGCUGUUUUCAACACUGAACUUAUAAAUAUUGCUUGUGCUUCUGCUUAGCAAUCUUCCUAUAACAGCACAUCGUCUAAACUAAAAAUAUUGUAAAAGAAGGCGUUGGAAUUUUGUCCUAUCCUGUAAGAGAGCUAUACAUCGUAGAGGUAUUACUUUUAAGCUUUAAAUCUAUUAAGUUACCAGCUUAUAUUGUUGAGGUAAUAUUCCAUUUAGUCCUAAAGAAUAUUCAAACCUCGCGACAAGUAAGAUUGUUAAUCUAUAAAUGUAGAUAUUAAAACGGCGAGGAAGAGCCCGAUCGUAUGGCUUUCUGCGUUUUCAAAUUUGAAAAUGCUGUGAUUUUCAAACAGAUAUUACUCGCUUUUUGGAGUAACGGUAGUUCUGUCUGAAAACAAGGAAAUGUAACGUUGUGGCUGUAGAGUAAGGAAAAUGGUAUUUGCAAUUUUAUUCAAAUAACUCUUUGUUAACAACUAUAAUUAAUGCAAAAAAAAAAUCUUAUUUUAAUAUUUUAAAAUAACCUCUUGCGUGGCAUUGAAUCGUUUAAUUAAUGGAAAAAUUAUCUAAUUUUAAUCUUCUGUUGCUCUAUUGUUGAGCAUUGCGCUCUUCACCAAAGUACUUUUCGUUGAAAGAUGGCAAUUUCGUUGUAGGUACAUGGUUAACGCAUCUUGACUUCCCUAUGCAAUAUUGGUUGUUGAUAAUUUACGCUUAACCGCAUUUCUUACCAUCAUAGAAAUCAUAAAAAUAGUUAUGGAAGACAGGUGAUGGCGUGCAUGCAUGAAUGUUUACUUAAAAGUAUUUGCUCUUGUUUUUUAGGGUGAUCUCCCACAACCAGUUUCCUCUGCAAUGAAAUCAGUAGUCCAGCCUUCCCCUCCUGCGCGCUCAAGUCGAACUGUAGCGGAAGCCACAAGUGUAGCUCCCCAGACGAACCACAAUACGCCGACUCUAAGCGUUUCCCGCGUUCCUCAGCAAACUACUUAUGUAUCAGGAAUUUCAUCGCCUCACAUUCUCACCCACUCUUCGAUUCCGCAAAACACCUUCCUAACGCCUGGUCCUCCAGUACCAGCCUACCCCGCACAGUACUCAUUGACGCCUGGCGUGUCCCCUCCUUGGCGAAACCCCUUAAUACAACCGCACAGUGGUGAUAUCCGGGGGAACUCGCCGAAUACAAGCGCGACAUCAUUGACUGGUCCUUUUGUUCCUAAAACGGCUGCUGAGUUAGGGUUGUUAGACCGGCCGGUCAGCUCGACGUAUGAAGGCAUGGAGUUGAGUAAUAUUGUGGAUAGAAUGACCGCUGCCUUUCCCAUGGACAUGUAUUCUGGUAUUUUAUACCUUUGUUUACUUUUGUCUCUUCUGAAAGAAUGACCACAACAUAGAUUUGAAAACUUUCAGUUGAAGAGAAUUUAUAGUCGACCAGUAAAAAGUCACACUUAAGGAUUCCAUCGACAGACUCAAAAGUAAUAACCACCUUGUACACCAUGAUAAAGACGAGCACCAAGGGAAAGUACUGCUCAGUAGCUUUCAGUUAAAUGGCCACACCUCAGGAUUUCAAUCACAGACUCGAAAGGUUUCUCGUUGCUCCCGCCCCAAUCUCCUAGCGGCUUCACUGCCCUCACCCGCCUGAGCUUGUUUGCUCGCCGACAAAAACCUCCAUGCUACACAGGCUAACAGCACCAUAGUUAGGUUCUUCUCAUUAUCUUUCUUGAAUAGUCGCAUUUUAGGAUUUCAUCCACGGAAUCAAAAGUUAGAACUACCUUUUCGUAGCAAAAACGCUACCAAAAGAAAGUACUACUCAGUAGCUUCAUUUGAUUUGCAGUAUCUUUCUCUAACCCUUACUCUUGUUAUUCAGACAUGCAGGUGGACGUUCACAACGAUCUCUUCCUAUCAGCGAGUCUCAUUGGCGAAGCCAUGCAGUCAAUGGUCAACACUGUUUCCAGAGAUAUAGGUAAAUACGUACAAUAGGGCAAACGUAGAAGCGGAGCUCCAGUUCAUAAAGAACAUACGUUGAAUACGAAUAGCGCUAAUUUUACAAGUAACAAAAUUAUCUUUGAAACGCCUGUGUUAUCAUCGUUACUUUUUUUAUCCUGUGUUUGUGCUUGACCUCUGUAUGUGCGACAGUACGCCUCCGUUGGGGACAUCGCUAUUUUGGGUACCCAAUGUGUGCGUCGCUGCUUUGUGGCUCCUGUAAGUCUGUUACACUGAGUGUCCUGUGCGUGUGUCGCCAAGUUGGGUGACUUGUGUGUACUUUGUGGUUUAAUCUCCAACUUUUUGUGAUAAUGACAGUGACAAGUCUAAAGGAUGGCGACAACAGGAGCCCGCAAUCCUAAUCUCCAGGUUGUUAUUACGCAUGCGUCGCAUGUAUGUAGCCAGCAUUCGUUUGGACUUCCACUAAGAAUGAAUGAAAUGCACAGAACGCAAUUUGAUCACGCGCGUUUGGACCCUCUAUCACUUGUAAUCUGAUCACGCGUGUUUUGACUAUCCCCCACGUGAAACUUACGCCAAGCAGAGUGAUGGAGCAAAAGAGUUUUGACCUCUAUUAUUGUCGCCCCACUCCGUAACCUUUGGUUAUUACUAGUAGUUAGAUGAAUGCUUGAAAUCGUCGCUGUGAACGCAAUUUAUGCAAUUGCGAAAAGAAGCCUGAAAAAAAUUUAGGACUUCAACGGUGUUUGAACCCGUGACCUCGUGAUUUACCGGUGCGAUGCUCUACCAACUGAGCUAUGAAACCACUGACGUUGGGAGCAGGUCAGUUGUGGGUUCAUAUGUUCCUGUGAAAGAAAUGAGUGUUAAUGAUAAAUGAAAUAAAUCUUUUAUAUCUAUACAGGUGCAAGAAAAGGGGGAAUAAAUUCUGUAGACGCUCCAAGGUUUAGGAGAGAUCCUGACGAGCCUGAUUUCUACGGACAGGUUAGCAAAUUAGUACAAAGUUUUUUAAUUCAUCCGUCUUUUGUGCAUAAUCAAGGUAAGCCAAAUUUCAAUGCUCCACCCCAACCCCAGUUAGCCAAUGCGCUUCCAGAAUUCCACAUAGCGCGCGAAGUUGGAAUAUUUAUGAUGACUGCACCUUUUUUCAUUAGGGCAUUUCCGGUUCCGGUGAAUGGCCCAGAGAAGACCUCGAUGUGAGUAGCAGACAUUCUAACGACAGGUACGACAAUCUAUUAGUGGCUGUAAUUCAAAUUGUUCCUCUUCCUUAUUCGUCAUUUUCAAUUGCAACUGCUGUUUCGACAACCGUUCUCGCAAGCAGGAACCUAUACUUGUACAGACUUUCAGAACGUCUGGCAGGAACCUAAAGGGUGAUUGUUUGUUUGUUUUUUUAUUUUUUGUUUUAUUUUUUCCGUAUAGUCAAACAUCACUUCGCUUAUGUAUGUAAUUGAGUUUAUUGUCAUUCUAUUCCUCUUUUUAGCAGUACCGAGGGAUAUGAAUACGGACCGCUUUAACUAGAGCGCAUAGAUUCCUGUGUAAAGCUGGAGAAAGUGGGUUCGAUUUUGACUGGUCUGUGCAAGAUAAUACCUGGCUAUGGAGUGUGCGUGAAUUGCCAUUACCUUUGGUGGUAAGCGACUCUGAGGUUCUUGAUGGCGCGAAAUGGACGCUGUGGGGCUAGACCAGGCGGCGGGAAAAUAAAAUCUGUGAGGCAAAGAUCCUUGGCCGGAAAAAGGGUUCAUAAUGGUUACAAAAUGGAAGUUGUGACUUAAGGAAAUAUGGCGAGAUAAGUCUGGAAAGCCGUGAAGGAAAAGAGGUGCACUUCAUGAUAGGACUUGUUCUCACCUAGGCACGUGCCGGGAAGUGACUGAAAACGUGACAGUUUAGGUUCAUGAUGGCAACAAAGCCGUUUCGUUGCGCGCAGACAGGGUUAGAAAGAGCUGAUCCUUUAUCAAGGCGCAUUACAUGUUGUAUGUUAAAAUAACCGAGGCGUUGUCCCAGUUUUGUGGUGAGAAAUGAGUCGAAACCUUAAAAGAUAACGUUGGGGAAAACACUCUCCCUCUUCCACCUCUUUUUUGAGCCUGCCGCGCAAGCUAGUGCCACCCAAUUCUCCGAAUCCUGACCCUGUUUCAGAUCAAAACACGCCAUUUUCAACACCAUUCAAACCUGCCCUCCAAACUCCCAACCGGUUCUGAAACUGUUGUGCUCGGUUUGCGAAAUAAUUACCUUGGCCAAGUGAAGUCAACAUAAUGUUCAACAAUUUUUUAUCAUAUUAUUUAAUAGUAUUGAGAGACAAAUACGAUCACACCUGUCUCGACCCUAGCCUCUCUCCUCUACCUUUCUUCCCAUCACCCCUCGCGCUUUAAUAGGAGACUGCGAGAAGACUGAGGACGAGUCAGCGAUUACACGCAAAGAGGUGCCAUGCUCGAUCAGGCCGUAUGGAAAGAUUUUGUUAGGACGGCUCGGGAUGAUUCCCGACCUAAGUUCAGACCAUGAUGAGCCAAACCUAUGCCCGUUUUUAGACCUAAUCUCUCUAAAAUUGUCAUACCCACUAAUACACUUAAAUGAACUAAAUUGACG